ACACCUUCACUGUAAAAAAAGGGUCAAAUAACUGGAAGCCCAUGCUAAACAAAAUCCUUAAAAUUAAAGUAGACUUUCCUAAUUUCUCUUGACCCUUGACAUUUCAGCUCUAGUUUUUCUCUGCUAUAACUGUGUUUCUGAAGCACAUCUGUUAUAGCAAAAACUUCUGAUCAGAUGAAGUUGGUUACAUUUUUAUAAUGAUUCAAACAUCAUAUAGUGGCCUGAUUAACUAAUCUCAUUCCAGAACUGUCGUUUAAACUAACAAACUUCAAUAAUCAGCCUAUGAAUCUCAACAAUGUUGACAAUCAUACAAAAAAAAAAAAAAAAAAAAAAAAUUGUGACUUAAGUACCUUGAGAGAGAUCUGUUAGUGUUUUUUUUUUUUUUUUUUUUUUUUUUUUAAAUUAGGAGAUGAAUUGGGAUAUUUUACCUUAAUUGUACAGUUUAUGUUUGGCAAAAGCUUCUGCCAGUCACUGAGCGUUUCUUUUUUAAUGAUGUUUAACCAUUAUUUUCAUUAAUGGUAAAUGUUUGCACACUUUGCUGCCAUGUAUUUUACUACUUUUUUUUUUUUUUACAUUUACUUUUUUACAGUAUACAUUACCAAGCAGUGAUACAAUAUAUAUUUAUAAUUCAGUUAGAUAAGUAAGGAUUUAAAUUAACCACCACUGUAAAUACUACAAGGUAUUCUGAACCUACAUUUCAGGAUACAUUUUCAUAUUUGUACUGGUAUAGUUUUAAGUGAAAGGAUGCCCAAUGCUAUUUUUGUACUUGAAAGGACAAUAUAGACAGAAAGUGUAUAUUUAUUAUCAUAAAAUGACAAAUGUUUUAUGCAUACCAUUGAUUAAUACAUAUAUUUUAACUAAAUGUGAAACAGUCACUAUUGUGCAUUUUUACUUUCACUACUUGUAGGCAAAUGAGUGAAGAUACAUUUUACAAAUACUACGUCACUACUAUUGUAAUGAGAUGUAAGGGUAUAAAUUUAAUUUUCCUAAAUGUUUUCAGGUUAUCGAAAGCUACAUCCAAACCUUGUUAAAUUCCAAAGGUUAUGGAAAGUACAUCUUUUUAUUCAACCACUUCUCUGCCGGUGUUGUUGUAUUUGGGGAGAGAUCUGUCAUGUCCAGGCACAGUUACCGAAAGGUCAACUUCGAAAAAUUUGACGUCAUAAUCGGAUUUAUGCAAGUAAACAAGAACCACUGGAAAUUUCUGUACCUCAAUAGGACAUCACAGAAGGUUUUAGUGGUGGAUCCCCAAGGGAUAGAUGAAGCUAAAGAAUCCGAACUUGCUGCAGAAAGGUUCAGAACAUACUUCAAGAUGCGGCAAAUACUGUAUGGUAAGACGGACUGGGUGGAUGUGGCAUGGACACAUGGUGUGUUGAAGCACACCAUACAAAAAGACAGUUACAGCUGUGGUGUUUAUGUCAUGCAGAUGGCUAAGGAGGUAGUGGAGUCAUUUCCAGAGACACCAUCUAAAAUCAGGAUACCUUCUAGCCAGCAUAUCCUAUCUGAGCUGCGUAAGGAGAUUGCAGUAACCAUCCUAGAAGCAUCAGUGUUCAACCCCAAGGAUCAUUGCUCCUUUUGUGGACAAGAGUCUCCUGCUGGACGUGUGGGUCGGAACACAUGGAUUCAGUGCAGCAGCUGUGCAAGAUGGUACCAUGCAGUCUGUGUCAACAUUACCAUAAAAGGUGUACGAAAACUAAAAAGAGCACUGUGGCUGUGUGCUUUCUGUACAUAAGCACUACUAAAUCCUUUGAGACAAAACAUGUAAAAAGUUAUUGUUCAUUUUGUAUGGUUUUCAUUUUAUGUUGAAUGUUUGCAUAAACACGAGUUCUGUCAAAAUGGCUGUUGUCCUAACAAUUUUUGGGGUGAGGUCUGGGAACCUAUUAACAGCAUUCAGUAUAUUUUUUCGUACUGUUCCAUAUUCAACCAGUAGGGUCAAGUCUCCUUUAUUUAUGUUUCAUAUUUUUUUACAAUACAGAUUGUUUAAAACCAGCUUUGCAGAAUUAACAGCAAACAUCUACAUCAUGUACAUUUUGACAUUGUAAUGAUAUAAUUAAGGUAUAAUCUGUACAUGCAGUUCCCUUUUUCACCAGUAGGGGUAAAAAAAGGUUGUGAAAGUUGUCCCCUGUCCUCUUCUACUGAAUGACACUGGUUGGAUGUCUCUGUCUCCGUCUCCCUGAUGGUCAAAGCUAUUACACAGAGAAAGUUAAUUUUGGGCAUGCAGUUCCCUUUUUCACCAGUAGGGGUA